AUGCGUCCCCUCUCUCUGCCAAGCGGCUCCAGCAACAAUAGAGCUAUACCUUCUGAUUCCCUGGAACCAAUCGCUAUCGUUGGCCUAGCCACUCGCUUUCCGCAACAAGCAACGACCACUGAGAGUCUGUGGGAGCUUCUCCUACUGGCCCGCUCGACGUGGUCGUCGAUACCAAAAGAACGUUUCAACUCAGGCGCCUUCUAUCAUCCAGACCCUGAGCAUGGUGGAACGUUUCAUGUCCAAGGAGGUCACUACCUCUCAGAAGACCCCGCCUACUUCGAUGGCUCCUUCUUCAACAUUACAAAGAACGAGCUCUUGACAUUGGAUCCGCAGCAGCGACUGGUACUGGAGAAUGUCUACCACGCCCUGGAAAAUGCAGGCAUUCCAUUGACCAGCACUGUUGGCUCCAACACAUCGGUUUAUGUCAGUGGAUUCAACCAUGACCACCUGGGUAUCCUCAAUUCAGACCCAGAAACCACUUUAAAAUACAAGCCCACGGGUGUCACCAAUGCCAUUCUGUCCAACCGUGUCAGCUGGUUCUUUGACUUCAAAGGACCUAGCAUGACCAUUGAUACGGCUUGUUCUAGUAGCUUGGUGGCGCUACACCUCGCUGUACAGAGCUUACGUGCCAGAGAGACGAACAUGGCUGUCGUCAGCGGUGUGGGAAUUCUUGAAAAUCCCGUGGAAACUAUCGGAAUGAGCCAUCAUGGUCUGUUGGGACCCCAAGGGCUGUCUUUCAGCUUCGACUCCCGUGCCGAAGGCUAUGCACGAGGUGAAGGUGUAGGCACAGUUAUAGCAAAGCUUUUGAGUGCUGCUAUUAGAGACGGAGAUACCAUCCGCGCGGUUAUUCGGGAGACCGGAGUCAACCAGGAUGGUCGCACACCUGGAAUCACAGUUCCCAGUGCAGAUGCACAAGAAAAAUUGAUUCGUGAAGUUUACUGGAGAGCCGGCCUGGAUCUUGAACAUACAAGAUUUGUUGAAGCCCAUGGCACGGGAACAAGCACCGGUGACCCAAUCGAAGCCGGGGCUCUUGCCAGAGCGUUCAAAUGUCGCCGAGAGUCCCCGCUCUAUGUCGGUGCGAUCAAGUCUUCCGUUGGGCAUCUGGAAGGUGCCUCGGGUGUGGCAAGCAUCAUCAAAUCUAUUCUAACCCUUGAGACUGGGAUCAUACCGGCAAACUUUGAUAUGAAGCAGACAAAUCCUUCCAUUCCUGCAGCGGAAUGGGACAUUGAAUUCCCUACCGAGGCCCUUCCAUGGCCAUCGCGAGGGUUACGAAGAGUUUCAGUCAACUCAUUUGGAAUUGGUGGCACAAAUGCUCACUGCAUUCUUGAUGACGCUUACCACUAUCUCAAUGACCGCCGUAUUACAGGUGCCCACCAUACCACGUCUACUGUUCCCACGGCUCAGAAAAUCAAGGGCCGACUCUUGGCCCUGUCCCGAUUAGGAAAUGAAUCAAAUGAUAUUGUGACGGAUUCAUUCGAUGACAGCGAUCACUCUGGGCCUGGAGACACCUUUGUGGACACACCUACAAGCGAUGGCUUUUGUGCAUCACCUAUCUUCACGUCCUCCACAUACACCAGCUUGGCUGAGAAACCGAAGGUGUUCUUGCUAUCGGCUUUUGACGAAGAUGGCGUCAAGCGGAACGCAGCUGAAUUCACCAAGUACUUGAACCGGAGAACGACGCAGUCGGUUCCCCAUGACCAUCUCCUUGAUGAUCUCUCCUUCACACUGUCGAAGAAACGAUCCCAGUUCCCCUGGAAGAGUUUUGUCAUGGCGUCCUCGGUCAAAGAACUCGCAUGGAAUCUGUCGGAAUCAAAUUUUGCCAAGCCAACCAGAACUGCUAGAGUGCCAGAGGUUGAAUUUGUUUUCACUGGCCAGGGAGCUCAAUACCAGGCCAUGGGCCGAGAGCUCAUGGUCUACCCCGUUUUCCAAGAGUCUGUGGAGGAAGCAUCGGAUUAUAUCCGGCGGCUUGGUAGUCCGUGGUCGCUACUUGACGAACUCUUAACCGAAAGACAGACACCCCGAGUCAGCUUGCCCGAGAUCGCUCAUCCAUUGUGUACAGUUUUGCAAAUAGCCCUUGUGGAUCUCUUGGCCAGUUGGGAAAUCUUCCCAAAACAUGUAACGGGUCACUCGUCCGGUGAGAUCGCUGCCGCUUAUUGCUCCGGCAAACUGUCGCGCGAAGGUGCCUGGAAAGUUGCAUACUACCGUGGGUACGUAUCAUCCAAGCAGCUUUCUGCAAAUGGAGCGAUGAUGGCCGUGGGUCUGGACGUAUCGCAACUGCAGCCCUAUCUGGACUCUGUGAAGAAGGACAACACCGGGGAGCUUAUCAUUGCCUGCUGCAACAGUCCCAAGAACAACACUGUGUCUGGAGAUGAUGCUAUGAUUGAUUGCCUCAAGAAUCUUCUCGAUGCCGAUAAUAUCUUUGCUCGAAAGUUGAACGUCAAGAAUGCUUAUCACUCGGCCCACAUGCAUGCGAUUGCUCAGGAUUACCUUCGUCUGAUGGGAACGCUUCCUUAUGGAAGGCGACUCCCAGCUCCACACCAAGUGCAUAUGUUUUCCACUGUCACAGGACAGAAAGUCAAAGAGGAACAUCUGCCCGCUCAAUACUGGGUGGAUAAUAUGGUUUCUCCUGUUCUUUUCACAAGCGGUUUGGUUGCAAUGACCUCAAGACCAAUUUCCAGCCAUGGCUCCACCGAUUCAACGGAUUCUUUGUGCCUUAUUGUAGAAAUAGGGCCUCACUCAACCCUGCAGAGUGCCAUCAAAGAGACACUGGCCUUGAAGAGCCCCAGGUUGGAAUUCAAGUACCUGGCCGUUCUUAAACGGACAGAUCACAGCCUCAAUACUCUACUAACUACGGUCGGAUUCCUAGCUUCAAGUGGAUGUGAACUAGACUUCCACGCUGUGAACCAAGCUCCUCGCUCUAAGGCAAAAAGGAAACCCAGACUGCUGGUGGACCUGCCACCCUACAGCUUCAAGCAUACCGAGAGGAUUCUGUUUGAGAGUCGACUGAGCAAGAAUCUUCGAACUCGAAAGUUCCCUCGUCAUGACCUCUUUGGCGCACCAAUCACGGAUUGGAAUCCUACUGCUCCCAGAUGGAGACAUUUUGUCCGAUUGAACGAGAACCCCUGGUUGAGGGAUCAUAUGGUCACUGGCAACUACGUCUACCCUGGUGUCGGUUAUCUGAUCAUGGCAAUUGAAGCAUUGAGGCAGUUGGCCGGCGAGGCAAAGAUCACUGGUUUCCAACUACGAAAAGUCAACAUUCGAAGAGCCUUGAUUGUCCCCGACACCAAAGAAGGAAUUGAAGUCUCCUUGGCAAUGGCAACUGUCGAAGACUUAUCGACGUCGUCGCGAACAUGGCGCCGAUUCCAAAUAACUUCCUACAAUGCAUCGAGCGACGAGUGGACAGAACACUGCACUGGCCACAUCACCGUCGACCACGAAACAACUUCUGACCCAGUGGACAAUGGUCGCGAAGCAGAAGAAGAAAGCCGAGCUUUGGGAUCAGAACUUUUCCGCGCAAAUGAGACAUGUGCAAAGUCCAUGGCCUUCAAAUCUACAUACAACAACCUCCAGACAUCCGGCCUCAAUUUUGGUCCUUUGUUCCGGAACCUUACAGACGUUCGCGCAAGUGGGUGUGGGCUCGGUAGGGUUGUUGGGUCAGUGACGGUACCAGCCAUUGCACAGUCUAUGCCAAAGCAAUAUCUACAUUCUCAUCUCAUCCACCCUGCCACAAUGGAUAGCAUGAUCCAUUUGAUGAUCGCGGCUGUCCUCGACUUUACCAACAAGUCCACCCUGGAUCAGAUCAGGUUGCCAACUUUCAUACGCGAUGUCUGGGUUUCAGCAGACCUGAAUUCAACCCCAACCCACAAAUUCACGGGAUAUGCAACCGUGUCUAUGGUGGGAUCUGGUAAAUUUGAGGGCCAAAUCCAGAUGCUGGAUGAGGGAACAAACACACAUCGUAUCCGCAUGGACGGUAUCGAGCUCACUCCACUGGAGUCUGGUCUUGCUGAAAGUAAUGGGCGAAAGCUGUGCAGCGCGAUUGAAUACAAGCCCGACCUCCAUUUCCUCGACUCUAAAUCCGCCUGUGCACUGACUUCUCUCGAUACUACCGAUGACGACGAGGCUCUCUACUGGGUGAAGCGUCUUCAGCUUGCAACGAUGCUCUAUGUCAUGGAUGCACUGUACGAGCUCAAGGACAUUGAUACUAUGAAACUCGAUUUGCACAUGCGAAGAUUUUUUGACUGGAUGGAGCAUGUGAGAGGGCUUCUCGAGUGUAAUCAAAUAAUUCAUCUGUCCUACAGCGAAUUUCAGGAGGCUUUCCAGGAUGAGGCUCUCAAGAAAGCCAUUGGAAAGGAAAUCGAGGCCCACAGCGCCGAAGGUGCCAUCACAGCCCAAAUGGGUCGCAACAUUGUCCAGGUUGUGUGCCAGGAAACUGAUCCGCUGGAUCUCAUGUUCGGUCAAGACACCGUGAUGGAACAGGUGUACAAGGAAGGCCUCCACUUGUAUAACCUGCCACAGCAUCUACAGAGCCACCUGGCUCUCCUCCGCCAUCAGCAUUCCGAGCUGAACAUCCUCGAGAUCGGCGGUGGCACCGGCAGUUUUACUGCUGAAGUUCUGGCUGUUCUUUCGCCAGACCUUGGGAAGAGCAAAGGAAACAUUGCCAGCUACACAUUCACGGACAUUUCAUCCGGCUUCUUCGAAAAAGCAAAACAGCGUUUCCAAGCAUGGUCCGACAUCAUGAACUUCCGAUCGCUCAAUAUCGAGCGAAGCCCAGCCGAUCAGGGACUCCAUCUGGGGACAUAUGACCUGAUAUUCGCUGGCAAUGUCAUCCACGCCACUGCAAACCUUCAGAAUGCUUUACAGAACCUACGAUCUCUAUUGAAGCCGGGUGGCCAGCUCAUCAUGCAGGAAGGAAUCCGCCAGGAUUUCCUCUGGUAUCCACUUGUUUUUGGUCAGCUUCCCGGGUGGUGGCUGGGCGAUGAGCCGUGUCGUCAGUGGUGUCCGUACAUCCCGGCCACUGAGUGGAAUCCUCUGCUGCUGAAAGCGGGAUUCUCGGGCAUUGAUAUCGAGUACCCCAGUUCGAACAAUCCAGAUUUGACAUGGCAGAGUAUUCUGGUUUCUUCUGCCAUCGAAACACCCAAGGAGAAUUCAUCGGAUACCGCAGUUAUCUUGACAAUCGGUACAUUGAAAGGGGAGGUCAUUGAAAACCUCCUAGGAAUUCUGCCGGAGCUGGGAUACACGAGUUUUCUCGUUAAAGAGCCUCAAGAAUUGGAAAAUUCUAUCCUGCAGGAUGCACUUUACAUCUCAUUGAUUGACUUGGAGAUUCCUUACCUGUUUGAUACGAACGAAGUGGCAUACAGCAGACUCAAGAAGUUGCUCAGCGAGUGUCAAAAUUUACUGUGGGUGACCUGCAAUCCCCUCACAGAUCCACAUGCAAGUAUGAGCCUCGGUCUUCUCCGAACAGUGCGCUGGGAGCGAGAUACCGACGGCUCAAAUAUCGUCAUUUUGACAGAGGCGGAGCCGGAGUCGGAGAACGCUUCGCCAGAGAGUCUUGCAACAGCCGUCGGCAAGAUUGUCAAGCGUCAAUUCGUGGAAAAGCCUGAGAAUGAUCGCCACGCCGAGUACAUGUUGCAGAAUGGUGUUAUACACAUUGGCCGUUUGAACGAGUGGGAGGCUGCGGAUCAGUUCCUUGCUGCGCAGUCUUCUCAGCAAGCUCCUCAGCUUCAACGCCUCGGUGAUUAUGAUACUCCCAUUCAGUUACAGGAGGCUGCUGUUAACACCGGGGAACACUACUGGGUCAUUGACGCGCAGAAUGAAGGAUCGCAUAGAGACAUCGAGGUCGAGAUUGAGAUCCGAGCAAUUGGUCUCUCUUCGGAUAUUUCCGCCGGCCGCAUCGCGAAUGAGAUUGCUGGUGUUGUGAGCAAGCUCGGAUCAAAAGUCGAAGGCCCGGCCCUGGGUGACAGGGUCAUCUACAUCUCGGGCGAAAAAAAGGGCAGUACCAUCCGAACUCAUGGUCGAGUCGAUCAACUGCAGCUCGUGAGGAUCCCCGAUGAGAUCUCGUUCGAAGUUGCCGCCGGGUUGGCUGGGGCAUACAUAACAGCAAUCCAAGGACUUGGGGAGAUAGCUCAUCUGGCACCGACAAAUACUAUCCUAAUCCAUACCAAUGCAACGGAUAUUAGUCAAGCGGCCAUUCAAUAUGCCCGGAUGAUUGGAGCUACAAUCUAUGCUACCGUGGGAACAGUCGAAGAACGUGAUUUGCUUGUCUCUGAAUAUGGUAUUUCUCAAGACCGUAUCUUCUCUAGAAGAGAUCUGAGCUUCGUCAAGGGUAUCAUGCGGCGCACGCAGAAUACUGGAGUUGACGUCGUCUUCAACGCACUGAGCGGUGAGGCACUCCGGGGGUCAAUUGCUUGCCUUGCCCCAUUUGGGGCAUUUAUUGAUGUGUCGCAUCCAGAUCUGCGAGCCGAUACCACAGUCGAGCUGGCCUCUUUGCCUCGCAAUGUGAGUGUCCACACCGUUAACAUUCCUUUGCUGGCUCAGCAUCGACCAAAAUUGGUUCGUCUUCUGCUCAUCGAAGCAUUGAGAUUGUACUCCCAAGGCAAGAUCGGUCAACUCCGAACAACAACUGUCAUAGACUUCACUCAGAUCAAAGAAGGCAUUCGAGCUGCGCAGAGCAGAGAAGCAGCAAAAGUUGUGAUUGUGCCUAAUCCGUCCAACAUGGUCCCUGUGGUUCCACGUCCACUCUCGCCAUGCCACUUUGACCCAUGUGCCUCAUAUGUUCUUGCUGGUGGCUAUGGCGGCUUGGGGCGCAGUUUAGCACGAUGGAUGGCGUUUCGGGGUGCAACGAGCCUGAUUAUCCUAUCCCGCUCAUCGGCUUCCAGUCCAGAGAAGGUGGAAUUGAUUGCCGAUCUCGACAAAAUGGGAUGCAAGGUCCAUUCCCUCGCUUGCGAUAUCGCCGAUAUCUCUAGCCUCCAGCAAUUAUCAGCAGAUGACUUUUCAAAUCUACCUCCUAUCAAAGGAUGCAUUCAGGGAUCCAUGGUACUACGAGACGGAGCCUUCGCCGGACUCUCCUUCGAAGACUGGCAAGCAGCCAUCAAACCCAAAGUCCAAGGCUCCUGGAACCUGCAUACAGUCCUACCAGACAACAUGGACUUUUUCAUCAUGCUCUCUUCAGUUGCAGGUAUCUUCGGCAACCGCGGACAAUCAAACUACGCUGCAGGCAACACUUUCCAAGACGCACUGGCCGCAUACCGCGUCUCGAAAGGCAUGCAGGCCGCCAGCAUCAACCUGGGCAGUGUUUCUAACGUGGGCUGGGUUGCCGAGAACCGAAGCUCGAUGCGCACGCACACAGCAACAUUAUUCGAGCUUCUCCGCGAAGAAGAAGUCCACGCAACAGUCGACUUCCUCAUCCGCGACCGGCAGAACGGCGGUAAUACAUCGACACGCUCACAGCUCGUCCUCGGUCUACCGACUGCGGAGAUGUGUCGCCAGAACGGCGUGCCGCUGCCCACGUACCUGGAUUACUCGAUGUUCACGCACUUCCGGAACACGGCAACGACGAAGAGUAGUGAGAUAUCUCAGCAGAAGACUAUUAGCAUUGCUGCGCUUUUGUCGGCGGCUUCGGGUGCCGACGAUGCUGUGGCUGUUGUGUCUGAUGGGAUUGUUGAGAGGCUUGCUUCGCUGCUUGCUAUUCCUUCUUCGGAACUCGAUGCUCAGCGCUUUGGCUUUGGGGGGAUUGAUUCCCUUGUUGCUAUGGAGUUCCGGGCGUGGAUUGUUAAGGAGCUUAAGGCUGAGGUUUCUUUGCUUGAUAUCAUGGGAGCAAAGAAUGUUAAGGCUUUGAGUGAGAAGAUUGUUGGCAGGAGUCGUUUGGUUGCUGGAGGAUUCAGUUCUUCUUAA